ACAAAGGAAUCCCACCGGCACUGCUUCGGGCAGCCCCGUCGUCCUGUUCGCUAGGCUCCUCCUCUUCCGGCGUGUUGCAGCCACCUGGGCCCCGGCUGUCAUUGGUGAAGGACCCGCACCAUGCUGCAGGGAAGGCUGCUCGCCCGCUUUCUGGCGCAACAGAAUGGAGCGAGACACUGCUCCUACACGGCCUCCCGGAAAAACCUGUACAUUAAUAAGGACACUAGAGUGAUCUGCCAGGGGUUCACCGGAAAGCAGGGCACAUUUCAUAGCCAGCAAGCUUUGGAAUAUGGAACUAGACUAGUCGGAGGAGUUUCGCCUGGAAAGGGCGGCAAUAACCACCUUGGAUUACCAGUGUUCAACUCUGUGGCAGAGGCAAAGGCAGCAACAGGUGCCACGGCCUCUGUUAUUUAUGUGCCACCCCCCUUUGCUGCUGCUGCGAUCCAUGAAGCCAUUGAUGCCGAGGUGCCACUGGUAGUAUGUAUCACUGAAGGAAUCCCCCAGCAAGACAUGGUACGGGUCAAACACCGACUUCUCCGUCAGUCCACCACCAGGCUCAUCGGACCGAACUGUCCCGGAGUCAUCAAUCCUGGAGAAUGUAAAAUCGGUAUCAUGCCAGGACAUAUUCACAAGAAAGGAAGGAUUGGUAUUGUGUCCAGAUCAGGAACCCUGACGUACGAAGCCGUGCAUCAGACGACGCAAGUUGGAUUGGGGCAGUCUCUCUGUAUCGGUAUCGGCGGAGACCCAUUUAAUGGGACAAACUUCAUUGACUGCCUUGAGGUCUUCUUGAAGGAUCCCAAGACGGAAGGUAUCAUUCUGAUCGGUGAGAUUGGUGGAAGUGCUGAGGAAAAUGCUGCCGAGUAUCUGAAAGAACACAAUACUGGCUCGAACACCAAGCCCGUGGUGUCUUUCAUUGCUGGCCUGACCGCCCCUCCCGGCAGGAGGAUGGGACACGCUGGAGCCAUCAUCGCCGGUGGGAAAGGUGGAGCCAAAGAGAAGAUUGCAGCAUUGCAGAGAGCCGGCGUGGUCGUCAGUAUGUCUCCUGCCCAACUGGGAAGCACCAUGCACAAGGAAUUCGAGAAGAGGAAACUGCUGUAAAUGUGGAAGGGGAGACGGCAAUAUCCGCACACAAUCACGUCCACAUUGUUUCUUUUCGUCCAGAUCUUCUCUUUCGAUGUCUUCGCACAGCCACCUAUAAAGCCAUAACUGUUAUUUUAGCCCUAACAUCUUGAGGAUCUCUGUGUGGAUCUGUUCAUUAGACUGUACAGCCUCCCUGAAUAAAUAUUUCCAUUUAUUUUGGAUCCUAAAA